UCAGCUGUUUUUCAAGAACUCACCAAUCUCUCUCUCUCUCUCUCUCUCUCUCUCUCUGCUUUCAAGAUCAGAUUAUUUUUUUCAUUUUUCUUUGUUUCAGAGUGGCAAUGGUGGAGCAUUGCAUAGAAAAAGAAAAAAGAGAUAUAAUGGCAAUAAUCGACACAACGUACUACGCAUCAGCAGUGAAUCCCGAUAUAAUGGCAAUAAAACGCGUAUUCGACCGCCAAAUUGAAUCUCUUACCAACGAUGUUUACGACCUCGAUUCUCUCCUCUUCGACCUCUACGUCCAUGAUACUUGCAUCCACAAACCGGAGAAAAACGAGCGAAGCAGGGAUUUGGGUUCAGUGGGAGUGAUGAAAAGGCAAAAGGGUCGAGCUCAGCUGGCUCAGGCAACGAGGUAUAUGGAGAAGGCACCCAAGAUUGUGAAUGUGAAAGUGAGACAACGGAAGAUUCAGCAACCGAGGUAGAGUAUAUGUUUCGACGAGUUUGCAGAUGAUCCAGUCGGGUUGCUUUGAAGUUGUUUUGUACUCUGAGUCCUGACUUCCAUAUUAUCUAGUUGUUAAUAUGGGUUUCAAGCUUUGUGUAGAAUCUUGUAAUCUCUAAACUUUCACUUCAUUUCAUAAUAAAAGCAAAUUAAUUUCAUAAAAAAAAA